CAAUAGAUGAAAGCUAAAAAUACUGAACAAGUUUUGAGCGUUUCAUUCAGCUGAACUAAAACAAAUCUCUAAUUUGGGUGUUGUUAGAUUUUAAGUGAUUUUGUUGUAAUAGGAAUUGAAUUAUAAUAUUUCGUCGAUAAGGAGACCUUAUUCCUAGUGUAGAAGUGCUUACCAUGUCGUCUAGCAGGUCAAAGUCAUCGAUUCUCGACAAACCUCUUAGUAAAGGCAAAGGGGAGGUCUCGCUGGCUUUCUAUGCACUUUUAUUCUCAGAAAUAGUUCAAUAUUGUCAAAAUCGAUCACAUUCUAUUCACGAACUACAAACCAAAUUAUCAGACAUAGGCCAUGAUGUGGGUACCAGGUUGCUGGAUCUUUACUUUGUCAGAGAAAGGAAUAGCAAGCGAGAAAUAAAACUACUUAAUAUGCUUCUAUUUGUCAAGUCUACAUUGUGGAAGGUGCUGUUUGGCAAGGAAGCUGACAAGCUGGAGCAUGCUAAUGAUGAUGAGAGGACCUACUACAUUAUUGAGAAGGAUGCCCUUAUAAACAAAUUCAUAAGUGUGCCAAAGGACAAGGGCUCUCUGAACUGCGCCACAUUUAACGCUGGCAUCAUUGAAGCAGUGCUUACAAAGAGUGGAUUUCCCGCGAAGGUGACGGCCCACUGGCACAAGGGAACAACCUACAUGGUGAAGUUUGACGAUUCAGUCAUAGCUCGGGAUAAAGCCCUUGAUGACCGCUAAAUACUCAUUACUCUACCCUAGUAUUGUAACCCAACGCUAAUAAUUUUAAGCUACUCAAUGUUCUGUAAGCUUGUCGUUUCUUUUUUACACCGGUCUAUUGAAUAGGUUAUUAUAGAAAUAAUAGAUGUUUAAAGUCAUAAUAAUGUUUUAUUUACAUUUCUAUAGUGAGUUUCAGAGUGGAAGCCUCAAAAUUCGUUGUGUCAGUCCUUAAAGGGAACUAAUGAUAGACGCUACUGGAACGACACGCACUUGCCGCCAGUCAGCGUAAACUGGUUACAUAAUAAAUAACAUUCCUGCUACCUUCCGAUAGACGUCUGCUGGACAUUCUACUUCGCGAUGCCUCGGCACUCUAAUACUGGCAUCAAUUUUUUAUAGGUAUUGUUUUCAAUUAAAAAAAAAAAAUCCCAGUGUGUGUAGGUCAUUAGUUCCGUGUGAUGGACUAACGAAUUUCGGAUGGUAAAAUAAACACACUCCCACAGUAGAAAGAAAUGUAAGAAAACGCUCUAAAUCCGAACACAGCAUAAUAAAAUUAUGAAAAAUAAAUUAAUAACGCCAUUUAACAUAAUGCCUCUAGCAUUGUUUACUUUAAUUUAAAAGAGCGGUCCCUAUACUUGAUGUGACCACAACGUAUUUCACGUUCCGUUUGGGUUCGCGUCGUGUACAGCAAGUAGCCUAAAGAAGUCAUUGGCAGCACGAGUGCGAGUAGCGCGAAACGGAUCGUGCGGAAGUUGAACGGAAAGAAUUCCAACUGAGUUGUCUUCAUUGAUAGGAAGUGCUGAAUCGCCUUGUCAAACUGCAAUGUGAAAUGUUUUGAUGUAGAACAUUACCAAGAGAGAUGCACCAGGUUUUUUGCAAGGAUUUGAGCACAUAUCUUUUUGUUGUGUGAUUAAAUUCUAUUGAAAUUAAAAAGUCAUAAUUUAAUAUUA